UAUCCUGGGUACCAAGCUUCUCAGAUGGAAUAUAUCGAUAACAAAGGUAUAUUUCUACUGUCGGACAAUAUGAAAUUCGCUUUUGGAUUCUAUAACAGUUUGGAUGUUAUACUGUUUCUUCUAGUUAUCAUUCACAUACCUAGUUCCAAGGUGGUCUGGACUGCCAAUAGAGGCUUAUUGGUUCAAAGGACAGAUAACUUUGUGUUUGGAGAGAAUGGAAAUGUUUACUUGGAACAUGGGAAUGGCGUUGUUUGGUCGACAAACACUACAGGGGAAACAGCCACAUCCAUGGAAUUGCGCGAUUCAGGGAAUUUGGUGUUGGUUGGGGUUGGUGGAAGAAUUCUAUGGCAGAGUUUUAGCCAUCCUACUGAUACCCUUUUGCCUGGUCAGGAGUUCUUGGAAGGCAUGCAGCUCAAAAGUCUUCCCAACCGUAAUAACUUGUCUCAACAUCUUGAAUUCCGGUCAGGUGAUUUGGUCUUGUCGGCAGGGUUUGAAACUCCACAAGUUUAUUGGUCCAUAAUAAAUGACAGCCAGAAAACCAAUAACAGCAUCAGCGGCAAGGUUCAUUCUGUGACUCUGGUGUCCAGUUCGUGGAAUUUCUAUGAUCAAAAUAAAACCUUACUUUGUCAAUUUGUCUUCUCCAAGAAUCCUGGAUGGAAUGCCUUCUGGGCUGCUGUUUUAGGCUCUGAUGGGUCAAUCUCAUUUUAUAACCUUCAAAAAAGGGCAUCAAAUACUCCUGAAGCAAUCAAAAUACCACAAAGUUCUUGUUCCACUCCUCAGCCUUGUGGCCCGUACUAUGUCUGCUAUUUUGAGAACAGAUGCCAAUGCCCUUCACGUCUCAGCUCACACUCUGAUCUUUGCAUGCCUCGGAUGAACUCAACCUGCAAUGGCUCCAAGAGUUCAGUAAAGCUUCUACAUAUCGGCGAAGAUCUUAACUAUUUUGCACUGAACUUUGUUACUCCCUUGAUGACAUCUGAUCUAGAUGCUUGCAUAGAAGCCUGCCUAGGAAAUUGUUCCUGCCUUGUGUUGUUCUUUGAAAGCAGUUCUGGGAGUUGCUUUAUGUUUGACCAGGUAGGAAGUUUGCAACGGUCUAAUGCGGGUUCUACCGGUUAUAUUUCGUAUGUGAAGGUUUCAGGUGAGCCAAGUCCUGUCAUCGGAAAUGGAAGGAAGCACAUCCUUUUAAUCAUGGUAGUGGCUUUUGCAACUGUGAUGGUUAGUUUUGGACUGCUUUAUGCUGGAUACUGGUGCCACCAUAAAAAGAAGAUAUUAAUUCAAUAUCCUCUAGAUGAUUCUGAAGAGGAUAAUUUCUUGGAGAAUCUUUCUGGGAUGCCUCUUCGUUUCAGCUACAGUUAUCUUUCUAGAGCAACCAAAAACUUCUCUACAAAGGUUGGCCAUGGAGGGUUUGGCUCAGUCUACAUGGGUGUGCUCCUAGAUGGUACUCAAGUGGCUGUGAAAAAGUUGGAGAGCAUUGGGCAGGGGACAAAAGAGUUUAAAGCUGAAGUUACUACCAUUGGGAAUAUCCAUCAUGUACACCUGGUUAACCUCAAAGGCUUCUGCGCUGAAGGACCUCACCGGCUUCUUGUCUAUGAGUACAUGAGCAAAGGGUCAUUAGAGAAAUGGAUCUUCAGCAAGAAUGAGGAGGGUCACUUGUUGGAUUGGGAUACAAGAUUUAACAUUGCCUUGGGAACAGCAAAAGGGUUGGCUUAUCUCCACGAGGAAUGUGAAGUGAAGAUAGUCCACUGUGAUAUCAAACCUGAAAAUGUUCUUCUCGAUGAUAAUUAUGUUGCAAAAGUCUCAGACUUUGGUUUAGCUAAGCUAAUGAACCGAGAACAGAGCAUUGUAUAUACAACACUACGGGGUACAAGAGGGUACCUUGCGCCAGAAUGGAUUACCAACUUCGCCAUCUCAGAGAAGAGUGAUGUAUAUAGUUACGGCAUGGUCUUGCUUGAGAUCAUUGGAGGAAGGAAGAAUUACAAUUCGAAGGCUAAUUCUGAGAAAUCGCAUUUUCCUUCUUAUGCCUCCAAGAUGUGGGAAGAAGGAAAAUUGAAAGAAAUCCUUGAUACAGAGCUUAAGAUUGAUGAAAAAGAUGAAAGGGUAGUCACUGCUAUCAAAGUUGCAUUAUGGUGUAUACAAGAGGAUAUGCAUUUAAGGCCACCAAUGACUAAAGUAGUGCAUAUGCUUGAAGGUUCUUGUGCUGUGCCUCCGCCUCCAACAUACUCUCAGUUGGGUUCUCUGUCAGGUUUCUCUAAAUGGGGCAGUCAAGGACCUGCUUCAUCUGGAGUACUUAAUGGUUACUUCAGUGAUGAGGCCUUGUCAGAUGUUCGCUUAUCAGGACCAAGAUGAUAGAACCAGAUCUUAUGGUAGAAUGUUUCAUCUUAACUUCUCUAUCGUUGUGAGUCAGGAAAUUUCAAAGUUCUGUAAAUUUAUGUUAGAUCUCAAGAUUUGCUCAUCUUGGUUUCUGACAACUUGUUAACCUUUUGUCUUGAAAUUUUGCU